AAUACGCGUACGCCAGCCAGCCUACGAAAGUUUUUGUUAAAAUCUUUCCUUCUGUACAAAACAAAUAACAAUAUUAUUAUGAUAAAAAGAUUUCAUAAUUAAAUUGAAACAAUCUCAACAACACGAGAUUUUUGUAUGGUAUACGUACAAAGACAUUAGUUAAAAUGAGUCUAGAGAAAGUGCCGAAAACAACGCGUCAGUGCUACGCUUGAAGAUGAUAUUAAUUAAUGAUGCAUGCCCCCAUACUUGUAAUUUAUGUUGUUUAGUUCUGAAUGGCUAUUCCUUUCGUUAUAAAAUGUGGUACGCCGCUUUGGUAAGGUUUAUAAGACGGAGACUUGUCCUGGGCAUUAUAUUCGCCUCUUCACUCACUUAUUGUAUCGUGAGCUUCCUUCGAGAGGGCAGCAGCAGGAAUAUGAUGUACCAAGAGACUAUGAUCGAACGAAAGCCCUUUGUUUGGCGAGCCCUGCAGGAACACAAGGACUCAAAUGACAGUAUCAUUUGUAGGAACUCAGUGCAAGGCAGAUCAUUAUUGGUUGAUGAUAGAGGGUAUGUAUGUCACAGAAAUGAUGUGAUGAGGAAUGGAUGUUGUGAUCACUAUGCAGAUUCUUCACAGAGAUACAGCUGUGAUACUUGCACAGACACAAAUUGCUGUAUUAUUUAUGAAUACUGCGUGUCGUGCUGUUUGGAUCCAAAAAAGAGAGACCUAUUGGAGGUGGUAUUAUCAAAACUCUCCGCAGAAGAGAGUGUAUUAUUCCGAACUUUGAGCGAUGAUUAUGAAUUGUGCCUUACAAAAUGCCGCACCAGUUCCCAUAGUGUUCUACAUGAAAAUUCCUACAAGGACCCAACACAUAAACAUUGCUUUGGCCAAGAACUGCCUAGAAGUAGAAGUCCAGACUAGCUAAGGGUAAAAACUAAAAUUAUAGGUAUACCCAAUUUUAUACUUAGUCUUAUAGCAUGAAAUUUACUAAAUCAAGAGACACCAACACGCUGUUACUGUUUAGUGAAUUAAUUAGAUAAUAAUUUAUUAUAAAUAAGGCCAAAGAAUAAGUGUCUUAAUAACAAGAAACUGGACAAGAUAUUAGUGACAUCACAGCCUAAUUUUACAUAGAACUAGUUGCCUUAUUUACAUUAAAAAAUAUAUUAAUGUCAAGUUAUACAAUAAACAAGAUAUCCUGCCAUUUUUGGCUCUUGCUGAGUUGUUAUAACCCUCAGAGUUUGUUCACAAUUCUGGGUAGACAUGUGAGUAUGUAUUUGUUACUAAUCCACAUUUAAACAUUAGCCACUGAAUUUGUUCGAUGCUGACUUUUCAUCUAUAAUUUUAUGACUUAUAUUAAACAAAAGUAUGAAAUGAAUGAAUAGUGUUACUAUUUGAAUUAAUCAGCAUCUAGCAAUGUAUAAUGAUCAUUUGUCCUAUAGACAAGCUAUGCGUGUCUUGAUCUUUUUUGCCCACCGUCUAUACAUAUGAGUAGGUGGGAUGCAUAUCAGUUUUACAGUUCUGGUGGCGCAAUACAAACUAGAUACGCCAAUGAUAAGCAAGGGCAACUACAAAGAAAUAAUGUCAUCUCAUCUCCAACACUUAUCUUUGGAAUGUGGCCGAAUAUUACCAAAUAAUAAUAUGUGCUAUUUAAUACAUACCACAAAAUUGAUGGAAUGUGUGAACGAAUUCUGAGUUAAAUUGGAAAAUAUAAAUCAAUAUAAACAGCAUUAUUAACUGUAGAAAACAAGAUUUGAAGUCAAAGUAAAUAAUUUUUGUGACAUUUCAAAUAUAGUUUUUUUAUACACAGAUAAUUUUAGAUUACAAGUUUUGCAUAUUUUUAGCAAGCAAAAAAGGCUUAGAAUUCAAGUUUAUCAGCUAUUUUUUCCUUAUGAAGUUUUUUAGCAACUUGUGCACAUUUUAGGGUACCUAUCUAACAUUAUAAUAAUUUAAUGAAUCUAGGAUUUGCUAAGUCAAAACCUUAAAAUAGGUUUAUUUACUUAAUAUUAAUUAAUUAAUUAUUAUGAUUUUUAAGUAGGUAUGAUCUGUAAAUUGUAUAAACAAAACAACAUUUCAUAAUGUCUGACAAACAUCAAGAUUGAAUUAUUUUUUUCAUGGUUUUCUUGAUCAUGUUAUUAGGCAAGCUGUUAAGAUACAUAAUUUGUUUCUGUGUAUUAAUUUACGAAAACCAAUUUAUGCAAAAUGCUGGAGUUAAGAAUAUUUUAUAACGUCUGACUAGACAGCAUGUCACAUGUUUAUCAUAACAAAACACAUAUUUUGACGAGGACUACAUACAUAAUAUAA